GGGAGCAAGUCCGUGCUCGACGGGAUGGCUGGCCCAUCCAUGAAGCCGGUUGAGCUCGAAGAAUUGGCUGCCUCAUCCAUGAAGCCGGUUCACCUCGAAGAAAUGGCUGGCCCAUCCAUGAAGCCGGUUGAGCUCGAAGAAUUGGAUCCCAUGGGUGAUGUUGACAAGCAGAGGCUAAAGUGGGAAACCAUCAAUGAGGACCAGCAGGUGUGGGAUGCCCUUGAUGAGCAGCGAAACUUGAGCAAGAACUCUGAAAUGCUCACAGUUUAUGCUGUUUCUAGAGGUUACCUCUACUGGAUGCUCUCUUUUGUUUUUGGCUGCAGCAAUGCCAUGUAUCGACAUGCCUGCCUCUUUACUGAAACCUGUAUGUUGGUGUGUCGUUAACGAGAUUCAGAUUGAUGUUUUCUGCUGAAGUAUCUUCUUGUGGUUCCCCAUUUCUGAAAGCUGCAAGUACCUGAUAUCUUGAUGGUUGCCAGUUUGGAACAUAAGAUGCUACUAUUUAUUUCUAUUCAGGUUUCUUGAUUAUUGCUGCAGGGUACAUGUCACUGAGCCUAGUUUUGGUCCCUGUAAUUUUGGAGCUGUUUACCUUUGAGUUGUUUGGAGUGUUUAGCAACACUUGUUUUCAUAUGUCAAACAUAGGUUGGACAGUGGUAAGUUAUAUAUGGAUCUGCCAAUGAUCUUGUAAGUCAUAACCAUUGAUCUUGUUAUCUUUUGGUGGAUUGCAUGAUGUGUUGUGCUCUCUAGCUGUACAUAUUUGACAUUAAUUCGGUGGCUGUGCAAGAAUCAGCCGAGUGGUAGAGACUGUAUAUAUUUUGCGUCGAAUAAAACUGGGAUACAGAAGGAAAGUACUGUAGGAAAA